AUGUCGUUUCAGAUUCCAGGGUCAGCGCUGAGCAGAGCUUUGCGCAGUGGACUGGUUCGGCAACGACUCGCAGUCACCAGUGCUCAAGCUGGUCAACUUUGGCCCCGACUGUCAGCUCAGCGAUCAUACUCGAACGCGAACAGUGCCUCUGAAGAACUCCCCGCCGAUAACGAGACCGAGCCCUCUGUUGAAUUCUCCGAGAAAUCCGCGCGAUUCACUCGCAAUGGUGCGAAUAGGGGCCGCAAGCUACGUGGCGACAAACCGGUUGUCGACACGGAGAAGCACAAGCAGGAAGAGCGCGCCUUGAUGGCAAUCGCUUCCGGAUCUAAUGUGGAGGAUGGUGAGAUGAACGAUGAAAUCCGUGGAGCCAGCUUCAAUCGCAAGACGAUCAAUACGGAGUUGAAAUGGUUGGAGGAUCCCCGUGAUCUGGCAGAUCGGGUUGCGCGUAUUCUACGGAGCGGUGAUCCAGCCAUGGCGGCGGCCCUGGUUCGUCAGGCGCAGAAGGAAGGCAAGCGAUGCGAUGUGGCUUGGAAUCAUCUUCUGAGCUACUGCAUGCAACGAGGUUUUCCACAGGUGGCUUUUAAAUUCUACAACGACAUGAAAAAAAGAGGCCGCAUGCCUACCUCCGUGACAUAUACCCUUAUGCUCAAGGGUCUCGCCGAUGCCCCGAAAUCUGCCGCCAACGUCAAGAUGGCCGAAUCUAUCUACAAGUCGAUUAAGAACUCCGAGAUCGAGCCGAAUAUCAUUCAUACCAAUGCUAUGCUCUCGGUGUGCGACCGUCACAAUGAUAUGGAAUCAUUAUGGCGCAUUGCUGGAGACCUCCCAGAAGAGGGCCCGCAAGCGCCAGAUAUGCGGACCUACACGAUCAUUCUAGGCGCGCUUCAGUUUGCGGCGCGCCAUGACAUCGAAAAGAUGAAUCCCAAUGAGACGGAUAAGAUUGUCGAGCGCAAAGACCAGAUGGUGAUGGAGGGCAAAAGAAUCUGGGCGGAUGUUCUUUACCGAUGGACGAAAGAUCAGUUGCAAAUCGACAGCCACGUUGUGAACGCCAUGGCCAGCUUGCUUCUGGAGGGUGCUCGUGAGCGCGAUUACUACGAUGUCCUCGCACUCUACCAUCAAACAAUGGGAAUUCCGAUCUUUGCCAAGAAGCCAGCUGAAACCUCGAAGUGUUCUCGAUUCACAAUGUUCCGCUUAGCAUUCUUGCGGAGGUCGCAGGAUCUCGUGUCCCCGCGUUCGGAUGACGUUCCGUUCGUGGACGAGAACAACCAGCCCUUGCAAGAAGAGCAUGAGAUGGAAGAAGAUUUGGAAACAGAGGGAGAGGAGGAAGUCGAGAAUUUCGACAUGAUCUUUGAUCCUGUCGUUCCUAAGACCGCUGGCCUGUCUUAUCUUCAACCGGGAAGUAAGGAGCUUACUUUUAUCGAGGACGUCUGUCAUAGACUGCCUCAGGGAUUCGCAGCAGGCUAUUCUUACUGGGAUCAUCUGACUGUCGAGUCUGAAACCCGCUUCGAGCCUGAUGCGAUUGCUUACGCUCAAUACCUACGUCUCCUUCGAGCUGGACGAGCUAGCAAGAGGGUUGUACAGGUUAUGCAGAACCAGGUAUUACCCUCAGGUCUGGCAAAUGAGAAGCUGUUCCACCUUGCCAUGACUUGCUGUCGCCGAGACCGCAACAACGCCUCCGUUCUCUUGCACGCAAACGAGCUCCUGGAGGUCAUGCAUAAUGCCCUGGUCCUGCCCGAUCCACGAGUUCUCGAAUCGUACCUGGAAUUAGUCCAGGCUCUCUCCCAAGGGCCGCAUGUCCUUUUGAAUCUGAGAGGUCUACCUAAGGAAGACCGCAGCAAGACUAACGACCUGAAGGUCCUGGGUAAGAAGCUGCAAGCAGAUUUGCACCUCGCCGCGCUCCGUGGUUUGCGCUCCCAGGUUCUCCAGCUCCACGAAGCCCUGCAAAACGGCAAACCUGGUCGGAAUAGCCGCUGGACUUCGUUGAAGAAUGGCUCUGGCAAUAUUUCCGGUUCUCUGGCUGUGAAGGUGAUGGCUCGAGUCCGCACCGUGAUUGAUGAGAUAUUGAAGGCCGAGUACGCUUCUUUUGUCUCGAAGGAGGACCGUAAGGUUCUGCAGUCGGAGUCGAAGUUGUUGAGGACCUAUUCUGACAAAGAGACCCUCAAGAAAUUCAGCACUUUGUCUGUUUAUCCUACCGUUGAGCAGCGGAAUGCUUUCAGGGAGCGGCAGUUGGAGAUUGUCGAUGAAGUCCCUGAAGGCAAAGGUCGGAAGGCAGCCAAGUCGGACAAUGUUGAAGAGCAAUCUUCCUUGGAAUCCGCGAAGCAAGAAACUGACGCUUGA